AUGAAAAGGAUUCUAUGUCUACUGGUCCCACUUAGUGGACUAUUUUCAAGCUUUGUUGAGGGGAACCAAGACUGCAGUUCAUGCCAUCAGUUGGACAUAGGAGUGGCUAUUGGGAUCAUCACUUGUAACAUCGUCCUCACAUUUGUCAUUGCACUCUCAGUCUACUGUUUUGUGUCUCAUCAGAAAAGGAGAAGCAGUUUACAUGCACAUGCCAGAUGUUGUGGGUCAGGUAAAGUAAAAACUCACCCGUCAUCAAUGUGGCCGAAGACGAUUAAAGUGGAAUCACCUUACCAGGAACUUUAUGGAGUACAAUCAGACAUAUACAGUGAUCUUCAGAAGUAUCGGAAAUAAAAUGUGACCGCCAGUGAACUAGUGAGGUGUCUCAAAGGGUCAGAUCUUCUUUUUAAAACAAUUUAAUAAUAAUUUUAGAGAAUU